UUUUUUUUUGUUUGUUUUUUUGUUUGUUUUUCGUUUUUCGCGUCUUUGCGCACCUUUUUCCAACUGAUCAGGUUUUUGAACUUGGGACGCCGCGUCCUCCCACUCGAGCAGAAUGAGUCAUCUGGAUGCGCAUGCGGAUGGCUUGGCACGCCACUCUGCACAGAACGAGCGCGACAACGUUCGUAAAACCCGUUCAAUUGGAAUGGCUGAAAUUGCAACUUUAACGCUCGCCGAACCGACCCAUCAAAAGUUUCGCCGCCGACAUCACCGUCAAGCGUCAUCAUCUUCACUGCGGCCGGUGUUGUCAGCAAUAUCGCUGCUGCUUGUUGCACUGCUGUUGCUUUCAGGCAAUGUGCGCGCACCUUCAACCCUGCCCGUAGGAGGAGGAGGAGGUUUCCUACAGUCAGCUCCAUUUGGUGGUGUCGACGCGCUGCCGUCCAAUAAUCGCCACUCUGACGAUGCAGAUGCCGAUGCGCUCGAGCCGCCGUUCCAUCUCGAAGAUGAGCCGCUAGUCGUCCAGCAAGUUCGCUCGGGCGGUGGCAUGGAGGGUGCUCUGGGCAGUGCACACGAGCUCAAUGAACAGGACGGCGAAGCAAGAAAGAACGACGCGUUUCAACGCAGUCAAGGUCAAGCCGCCGCGAUGCAUCGCCGCCCUCGCGAACUUGCCGAGGACGAUAAUCUUACAGAGCAAGCGGACGGCGAUUCCGCGGCUUCCAUCUCACCCAACAAUUCAAAAGUUUUCAUGGAGCAGGCUUCAGCAAGCCCGACCGCUCCGACAGGGACAACCAUUCGUCUCGUCUGGUACGACCAUCGGGGAUGCAAGGCGUUGCAGACUGUGACCUCUCUCUAUCCAGAGCAGAACGUUCACGUUGAGGUCGCGUGCCUUCCCGCGGAGGAAUACAAUCAGAUUCCUCUCACGCCCGACGGCGCAAAGGCCUACAGUAUGGAUCUGGUGACCUUCUCCCCUUACUUGCUCGGCGAGGCCGUGUCGACCGGCAUGCUGUUGCAGUUUCCAGAUGGGGUGCUCGACACGACGAGCACCAGCUUUUUCGCUGAGAAUCUUGCCUUGCACGGCGAGUUUCCGCCAAACUCCAACCGCUUUUAUGGCGUUCCGUUGGAAGGAGAUGUGCCGCUGCUGGCCUAUCGCAAUGACAUUUUGCAGCUCGCGGCCAUCACCAACCCAGAGCUGUUCGGCUCGGCCGGUCUCCGUGCGCCGCAGUCCCUCUCGGAUCUCAUCCAGUUCUCGCGAUUCUUUUACAACAGCUCGUUUGUGCCAUAUGGCUUUGCUGCUUCGUGGUGUGGCACCGAGACCUAUCUAACCAAGGCCUGUCGCGGUCAGACGACGCUCGUCGCGACAAACUUUAUCUGGGGUGCCGACGGCUUGCUGUUCAACGAAACCACGUUCCGCGCGUUCGUGAGUGAGCCCUACAACAGCAAUGCCAACAUUGGUCUUGCCGUCGUGAACGCGCUCUACCAAACGUCGGCCAAGGACAUGACUGGCGGCGAAUCGGAGGCCAUCAAACUGUUCUGCACGGGUCAGGCAGCCUUCCUCAUGGUCUGGACGAGUGUGGUGAAUGAGCAGCUGGGUGAUCUUUGUCGGGGAUUCUUUGACACUCCACCCCCGUACCCGACGCUUUCGAGCAACAAUCUCAUCAUUUGGGACCCAAAGGACAGCGUGCUGAAGCGCCGCCAGGUCGACGCAAUUGACGACAACGACGACGCGUUUGACGACAACGCUGACGAGAUGGACAACUCCCAGGCCCACUUUAGAAAGUCGAAACUGCCAGUUCAUCGUCGUGCGCCUGGCGACCCAUUCACCGUGUCAUACCAAGUGCUCCCGCUCACCCAACGGCGCGCUGGUGUGGGCAGCCACCAGGCAGGCGGAUGGAGCCUGGGGAUUGCAUCGACCACUCCCAAUCUGGAAGCGGCAGCACGCGUGUUGGACUGGAUUUUCGAAAUCGACCAACAAGUGCAGCUGGAAAGCCUGGGCAUGCUUCCGACGCAGCGCUCGCUGGUGUUGGAUCGCUACUUUCUCGAGCAGCUUGCCCCAUCGUUUGGCCUGGCGUACGCGCUGAGCUUCCCCUCGGCCACCUCGAUUUUGUCCACAGAGGUCACCCGACAGGUCACCCGGCUUUCCGACUUGUACUUUUCCCAGGCCAUCUUUGGCACGCUUGACAUUCGAUCUGCCAUGACCGUGUACCGCACGCGAGCAGACGCCAUCCUGGUCGACGCCUAUCCCUGCGGGCCCGAGUGUCCGCCCGUGCCUUCCUCGCACUUGUCUGCGGGAGAAUACGUUGCCAUCAUUGUGCCGGCCGCCGUGGUGAUGAUCAUCCUCCUUGUGGUGUGUUUGUACCGCAGGGCCGAGAAACGCAUCAACGCGAUGGAAAAGAAGCAGUAUCAGAUCGACUACAAUGAGCUGGAGAACAUUGAGGAUCCGAGCUGCGAGCUUCACACCACUGCGUUUUACAGCGCCAACCAGCAGCCCGUGUUUAUCAGUCGCGUGGACCCUGUCAAAGUGGCGCCGCUCUUGGCCAGCGCCGGCAUCAUCACGCGAGCGCGCAUGUCCAAGUCGGCUGCGAGCGGCGGUCUUGAUGUUGAAGCUGCAGGUGGAUCUCCUGAUGCGGAUGGUGGCCCUGAUGGAGCGGCCGUCGCGCCCAGGCGAACAUCAUGGCAGCAGUCGGUUCGUGACACGACCAACAACUGCAUCAGCAUCCUGCCUGGUUUAAUCUCCGCGCACCGCACUUGGCGCAUCUCUCGCGAGUCUAGUCAGGCGCUCAAGCGCUUGCGGUCACUCAAGCACCCGAACGUGGUCGAAUUUCUCGGAAUCACCGUUGCGCCACAGUGCUUUGCCGUGUACGAGUUUAUGGUGAAGGGCUCUCUUCUCACCGUGAUUGAGCGCGACGGUCUGCCCCACGACAUGGACUUUAAGUGCUCGAUGGCAGCGGAUAUUGCGCGCGGAAUGCUGUACUUGCAUUCGCACGGCGUUCUCCACAAGCACUUGCGCUUGACUAAAAUUCUCCUGGACAACAGAUUUGUCUGCAAAAUCUCGGGCGCUUCCGAACAACACAACCUUUUGCAACAGCGCGAGUACAACCAUCAUCCCCACCAUCACUCGGCAAUCGAAUCGUCGGCGAUGGCUGCAUUGGCGGCUGGAGCGCUGGGGACAGCCAUUCCCCCAGACCAGCUCGCAAACUAUCAGGCCACCACGACGCCCGGUCGACGCGCAAGCAGCAUGUCGACAUCGUCGAACAGCUCGGCACUCAGUGCGUUACGGGUGCGCGCGUUGCUGGGUCAGGGUGGCGACGGCCUUGGCAACGAUCGUGCAGAGCAUCCGGUCGACCAAAGGAUUGCUGAUGGCCGCCAAGAGCUCUUGACCGAAACGUCGACAUCUGCCAAGCCAUGGUACCAACAGCGGACAACCAGCUGGCCCGCCUUGUUUGCCAACAAAGCAAAGGGCGCAUUCCGACGACCGUCUGCAUCCACACAAUCGGCCGAGUCGCAAACACCAACGAGCUCGAGAAAAGGGAGCGCAAUUGACGCGGCAGCCGCACCCCAGCAGCAGCAGCAGCAGCAGCAGCAGCAGCAGCAGUCACAAAUGCGACAAGCGAACAACACGGCGCGUGUUGCGUUGGCUCCUGCGUUGUCAACGAUUGAAGAGCCUUCCGUUGACGAUGCCGUUGUGUUGGCGUCGACCGGCAAUACCAACAACCAACAGAGCGCCGCUGGCAGGACGGCAACCCAGAAUUCUGCAGUAGUCUUUGUGCCAGCAGCAGGCGAGGAAAUGUCGCAGCUUCCGCGAACAACCGACAACAGCGCUGCGCAACAGCCGCGCCGACACUGGCUGCAUCAUCGCGCCAACGGAACAGCUUCCGACGACGACGAAGAUGAAGACGCAUACGACGGUGUGGAACGCAACGAAUUAUCGAGCAUUGACGAGUCGAUGGAGAGCGUGACGGAUGAAGAUCGCGCUGCCGAGUACUCCAUUGCACAGGAUCAGCUCCGCUCCUUGGCCCAAGUUCGUGACAUUAUGAACGCGCGUGGGCGUCGCAAGUCUGCCAUCGACAUCACCCUUCCUCCAAUCCUUCGAAGCGCCUCGUCCAAGCGAUCCAGCGAAAGUACUCGAAGCUCGCAGCAGUCCCAGCAUGCGGCCGUGCUCGUGCCAUCGAAUGUCAUCGUUGAGAUGCCUCAUCCCUUGGAUGCCCAGGCCAAGGAAAGCACGUCGAGCCACGCACACUCGCGCAGAGAAUCGUACCAAUCGCACUUGGCACCGCUUGUCAUUCCACAUGACGACAACCACUCUGAAGCACGGGCGAAUUCCAAGCUCGUUGAACCGACAGACGAGCAGAAACAAGACGAACAGACGGAUCAUUUGGAAGGUCAAGACCAGCCACUUGAGCCAGUAGUCAGCGGCAUUUCGCUCGCCAGUGCAUCGCCCGGAUCAACUUCACCCACCCGAGCGCCCUUGGCGUCCCGCCGAGUCACGAUAACGCACGCCAUCAACACCAAUGUCAAUCCGGAACACUUGCUGUGGAUGGCUCCCGAAGUUCUCCAGGAGAAGAUUCUGGCGCAUUCUCGCGUCGACGAAAAGCUGUACAUGACCGAGAAGGCGGAUGUGUACAGUUUUGGCCUCAUCAUCUACUGUCUGUUUAUGGAUAUUACGCAUCCGUUUGACCUGGAGCUGCAACCGGAGGCCAUUUUCGAUGCCAUUGUCAAGCGACAAGUUCGCCCUGAACUGGACGACACUCUCGAACUCACGGACGUCGAGAUGCAAGUCGUCCAACUGAUCCAGCAGUGUUGGCAGCCCCACGCUCUCUUCCGACCAAACUUUCGAACUCUUCUCGAGUCAUUUGAAAAGCUCUACCCCGCCGAGAAUAAGGGCUUUGAAAAGAUGGCGUUUAUGCUCGAAAAGUACUCCACCCAUCUGGAAGAGAUUGUGGACAGUCGGUCCACACAGCUCAAGGAAGAAAAGCUGCGUGCUGAAACGUUGCUGACCAACAUGCUGCCAGUGACCAUUGCCAAUCGUCUCCGCAGCGGUGCUGGCUUUAUCGCUGACGAGUUUCCGACCUGCACAGUGUUCUUUUCGGAUAUUCAAGGUUUCACGGCCAUGGCGCAUCAAGCCUCUCCGAACGAAAUUGUUCGCAUGCUCAACAAGCUGUUUACUCGCAUGGACCGCUUGGCGGGCAAGUACGAGCUUGAAAAGAUCAAGACGAUUGGCGACGCAUAUAUGGCGGCGUGUGGUGUUCCAACGUACAUUGAGAAUCACGCCGAAAAAGUAGUGCAGUUUGCAAUGCAUGUUCUUCGCAACAACACUUGCGACAUUCACAACCAGCCGAUCAGAAUGCGCAUCGGAAUUCACACUGGGCCACUUAUUGCGGGAGUUGUCGGCACGCGCAAGUUCACCUAUGACUUGUGGGGCGAUACGGUCAACACAGCCAGUCGCAUGGAGAGCAAUGGCGUGGCAGGUCGCAUUUGUGUCUCCCAGGCGGUAUACGACGCUCUGCAACACAAGUACAUCUUUGAAGCCCAGGAACCACGGGAUAUCAAAGGCUUGGGCAUGACGGUGACGUAUCUGCUGGUUGCCCCUCGCGCACCCGUGGAAGCUCCUCUCAUGGAGAUGGAUGGAGCCGACUUUGACAACACGGUGGAGCCGAUUGCUUCUAGUGUGGGUGCUGAGGCGAUGGAAGCGCGGGACACAAGUCUUGACAGUGCUCUCGGCGAGCAGCAGCAGCAACAACAGCAACCGCUGCCGCAGCAACCGCAGCCGAAACGCCUUCAAUCGCCCAAGACCGCGUCUGCGCUGAUGGAACCCGAGGGCAGUCCCGGCAGCAGUCAGCCGGAUACCACUCUCUCCAAAACCGGCUCUGCAAUGGGGUCCAAACUCUCGCAGAGCGGGACAGCGCCUGCUCAGCCUCAAACGGCUGGGUUGUUCUCAAUGCUCGCCUUCCCGGACAGCUUUGAGGAAACGGCGUCUGCUGGCUCGACCACCAGUUCCAAGCCGUUUCAAGAAGAAAAGGUGCUGCCCGUCACCGCCGCCUGGGCUCACCAGGAUUUGUGCGAGCCGGACAGUGUUCGCUAUCGGCGAGGGUCCAUGUCUGCACCACGGUUGGCCGCCGCUGAGGCACCCCCGCAAGGCAUUCGUCGCGCGAAUACUGAAGUGGGCUUGGUCAAGCCUACAGGCAACCUUUCGCGGUCGGCGUCAGUGUCCUCCACCGAAAGUGAAUCGGAAAUGAACAACCAGCACCUGCACGCCCUUGCGCGGGGCCCCAUCGACGACCCGGCAUUCAUGGCGCCGUUUUCCCAGUAUGUUCCAUCCUCGGCGGCCCAAGUGCACACCAACAAGCUGUCCAGUUUGGCAGGAAGCGUAGCCAUGUCCAGCAUGGUCGGCGGCAUGUCGGGACUGGGAUCGGCAGGACCAGCUGGCACGGCCAGCUCGAUGGCGGCGGCUGGAGGCCUGGCAGCAGCGGCUCGCCGCAAGCAACUGGAGCGACAGCAGUCCACCACGUUUCCAUCAUCGCACAUGCCCUUUUCGCCAUCCGUCUCGUCGCUGCACACUGUGGCAGAGUCUCCCAACUCGAGUCGUCGUGAGGGUGGCACAACUAGCAGCAGUUCUGGCAGCUUUAUUCCCAAUCCGUACGGACUCGCAGUGGCUGCUAAUCAGGCCUCUACUCCUACUACGACAACUACAAGGAGCGCUGGGGGCAGCGCCGAGAAGCCGCUUGCAAGUCUUGCCAGCUUGUCGCGCCCGAGCCGUUCGACGCUCGGGAGAAAGGUAUCGCUUGCUCCAUCCUUCCGAUUCAGCGAGUCGGAGACUUUGCCGUCGCCUGCUGAAUCGUGGCUGAGCAACGAGACGUUCGACAAGUUUGUGCGAUCCAAGGGCCACACGAAUGAUGAAGCGCUCAAACGGUGGCCGGGCGGACGCCGCGUUCCUUCCGACGGCGAGAACAGCAGCAAGAGCCCAACUUCGGGCCUGUCCGACGAAGCGCUGCCAAUGCUCAAGUCCAGCGAUUCGGACAAGUCGGCUGGCUUGUCCAAGUCUGGUUCGGCGUUUUCGGCCAUGCCCCCGACCACAACAGCUGCUGCCGCUGCUGCUGCCGCCGCCGCCGCCGCUGGUGGCUCUGCUUCUGCUCUUACCGGCAGUCCCGCAGCUGCUUCCAUUGCUUCGACAAACGCGCCGGUUUCAUCCAGCGGACGGAGCUCGACGCCGACCAACUUGCGCGCCAUGUCUCCAAUUUUGGAAAACACGUCUUCCACGUUGCAAUUACGCCCCGCUUCCAUGGACGCAGAGGCGUCUGGCGAGCUCAAUUCUAGCUCUCAGAGCGGAUCAUCACCUGGAGGCUCUCGCACCGCGCCCAAGUCGAGGCUGAGCGUGCGAUUCGCAUCCGAGCUCAACUCGUCCGCUCAGCAGCAGCAGCAGCAACAGCAACAGCCCACACCUCCGCCGUACGGGAUUGUGCGCCAGUCCAAAGUGUAUGGCAGCGGCGGUACUGGUCGACAUGAAGAAUAAGCCGCCACCUCGUCCAUUGUCGAUUCUUGUGUUUUGUUUGUUGCUUUCAUUUUCAUUUUCAUUUUCUGCGUGUCAUAUGGCAUAUCCACCUUCAAUGACAAAUCAUCCAUCUG